UUCCUUCUCUCUAUUCAUAUAGUUUCAUACUUGGCCUCCUCUCUUCCUCAAUCUGCUACCCAUUUCCCAUCCAAAACCCAAAUUUUGCAGAGAAAAUAUCUCCCCCUACCCUUCACACUAUGACUGCUUCUUCUGGUGCUGACAGCAAAAGUAUCCUCUGUGGACUUGCUCCAGUGGAAGCAGUACUCUUUGACAUUGAUGGAACUGUGUGUGAUUCAGAUCCAAUUCACUAUGCUGCCUUCCGCCAAAUGCUUCAAGAGAUAGGUUUCAAUGGAGGAGUUCCAAUUACUGAGGAUUACUAUAUUGAAAAUAUUGCUGGCAAGCACAAUGAUGAUGUGGCCAGGCUACUUUUUCCUGAUGAUUUUGAACGAGGCAUAAAGUUCACAGAUGACAAGGAAGCCAUGUUUCGCAGAUUGGUUGGAGACAAAUUGAAACCCGUGAGUGGUCUCAAUAAAGUGAGGAAAUGGGUUGAAGAUCGUGGAUUGAAACGAGCUGCAGUUACUAAUGCUCCCAGACCCAACGCUGAACUAAUGAUCUCCAGCCUUGGCCUCUCAGAUUUUUUCGAAGCUGUUAUUCUUGGGAGUGAGUGUGAGCACGCCAAACCUCACCCGGAGCCCUACUUGAAGGGCCUUGAGGCGAUCAAGGCAUCAAAAGAGCACACUUUUAUCUUUGAGGAUUCUGUUUCGGGGAUCAAAGCUGGAGUUGCAGCAGGUAUGCCAGUUAUUGCUUUAACCACUGGAAAUCCAGAACACAUUUUAUUGCAAGCGAAACCCUCCCUGAUUAUCAAGAACUACGAUGAUCCAAAACUGUGGGCGGCACUAGAAGAGCUUGACAAGAAGAGUGGUACUAGUGGUGCUUGAAGGAAUGAAUAGGCAAAUUCAUAGCAUGCUCAAAGGCAGACUUAAAUAAUUCAUGUUGCUCCAUGCAUACUGUAACUCCUAUUUUAUGGGAUGGAUGUAUCAUUCUUCACUACUCAUUCGAUCAUAAGAUUUAAGUAGCUUUUUAUGGCUACAUCAGGAUAAAUACAACUGACUUCAAAAUUGGAGAUAAAUUGUUAUGUUCACUAUUUCAACA